AUUGUAUAUUGAGCGUUAUGCACAAACAGGUGUACUUCUCAAGGUCGUCUGAUUAUUAGUAUUUUGCAGGCUUUUUGGGUACUCGAUAUCGAGUGUUGUGUACUGGCGGCAAUUUUUCACAUGAAUUAUGGGUCAGUUAGACCAGGUAUCACUGUUAAUUUUGGCAAGGUAAGAAUUAACUUUACUAGUCAUUAGUUGAUGAUAUGAUUGUCCAGAAACUAGGACUGUAUUUUCAUUUACACGUGUGGGAUACUAUAGUGCUACUUAUGAGCAGCAUGACAUUUAUUUACUAAUCCAAUAGGUUUUUCUGUGAUAGGUUGGUUGACGUUCUUACCAUACAAUUUGAUUUCAAUCAAGACUCAUAGUUAUGAGUCAAUGCUUCUCCACCUCGAAUUCUAACCACUCAUGAACACCACAUCUCCUUAUAUCUCUUAAUAAGUAAGAAGAAAUCAUAAUAGAUGAUUGUCACUGCGUUUUGGAAGCUUUUUCUGGCUACUGUAUUUCAUAUGAGGCCGUUGUUCAGUGGUUAACAUCAAUCUAUUGGCGACUAAUACAGGUCUGGUUCACAUUCCGUGUACAUAAACCUGCACUUAGUAAAUAAGUUAUAUAUCACUGUUCCCAUUCGUCAUUGGACCAAACUUUACUAAGGGUCCGUGAAGAUGAUUCGUUUUUUCUUACCCGAACAUUAGUGUUUUCAAGUUUAUAAUAGGCUUAAAUACAUUGAAAUUCACGGUCUGUGGACUUUGUUCAUAAACAUGUCAACCACUUUUUCUUUCACUAAUAAAACUGGAGGGAGAGAAAUAAUUUCAUAUGGCGGAUUAUUGAUCCAAGGUACAACAAUAUUUUACACAGUGUGCCCGUCGGCAUAGAAGCUACAGAAUACCUACAAUUCAACGUUGAUGAUUUUGUAACUUACGACAUAUCAACUACAAGUCCAGUUGCAAUAUACACCAUGAACUCAGGUGGAUUCUUAUCACCGAAAUCCUGUCAUAAUAAAAUUCACCGUUUUCACACCUCUGACAUAUAUCCCAAAGCUUGUUGGUUUUGUGAUCGUUAUGGUAAUUCAACAAAUACAGUGCAACGUCAGUCGUCAUGCUGUCAUAUGGUUCGUUUAAACGGUCUCAUCAAAUCUAUAAGCCUGGAGCAUUUAAGAUGCUUGAAGCAAACUUCUGUAGGUUAUUCACAGCAAACGAAUGGUCUGAAAAAUUCAUUUGUAUCUUGUGAUUGGUUAAACACAAGACCAUUUACAAACACAAACAUUCCAGUUGAGUCACGUUCAUCGGGAGAUGGUCAAACAGAUGAUGAAGAGGAAUUAAGCGAAGUUAAUUACCGAAUUACUCCUGACAUUCAGUCAAAAAUCAAUUCAAAUUCUUCAAAUGAAGUAAAAGUUUUCCUAGGUUCUCACUCCAAAUCACAUUCACCUUCAAAUUCUUUUAUAGACGAUCAAAUUAAUACUAAACAUCUACUUCUUCCAGGUCGUUCCGCUUUUGUAAAACAUUUAGUUCGAGAAGUAGCGUACUUUGAAAUAUGUGAAUUUUUAAUUGGACAAAUAGAAGAAAUUUAUGAUAUGGAAAAUUGUGAGUUUUUAGAUUCUGUGUAUGGCGAAAAAAAUAAGGACAAAUCUUUACAAAUUCCUACUGACUUUCAGGUUCACAAAUCGAAUACUUUACCUUCAAGUCUACUCUCGUCACAUAUGACUUUGGUGGAUGUUAGUGAUCAAAAUUUACGUAAUCCACUAAUCAAUUCAACAUUGCAUAGUCAAUCUAGAGAAACAGAUUACUGCGAGCAUUGUGUAGAUAGCGCGACGGGACUGGCAGUUUCACUAGUCAAUACGUGUAUACAAGAAACUGCUCAAAACGAAAAACAAGAAAUGAUUUUGUUUAAAUUUUUAAAAUUACAAGAACUACUUCUCAAAACUUGUGAUAUUAACUGGGUUCGUUUAAAUCAGCAGUUUAUCGAAUCGCCAAGAUCAACGAGGUUUAAUUAUGAUACUAAAUUUCAAAACUUUUCCAAAAAUAAUCGGCUAUCAAGUACAUCUAGUAAUUCAAUACAACUCAAUUCUCAGGGAAGGUGCAACACAUUUCAUCAUUUUACUUCAUUAUCUCAUUCAAGUAAUUCAAAAAGAGCUAUGAAAUCAAUCUCACAAUCUGAUUAUUCCGCUUCAGUGUUAACCUCAUCUAGUUCAUUUGCUAAUCAUUCAACAACGCUUUCAGAACCUACCAUAAAUAAAUUAAGUAAUAAUUCAACUAUUAUCAUAGAUACACUUUCAAAGAAUGAUAAUAGUAAUAACAAUGAUAUUCAUGCUAACAAUAGGUCGUUAAUUUCUUUAAAUAAAGAUUUUCAAUUAUCGAGUAAAAUGGGAUCCGAUAAUCAAGACUAUCCUACAUCAUCAUUGUCACUGUCAUCAGCGUUUGGCUGUACACCUUUACCAUAUGGAUUAUUGAUCAAUCCACCUAUCCAAAAAUCUAAACGUAAAGGAGUUCUUGUCAGUCAAAAUAACCGAUGCGCUGGUUGUGGUGCCUUCAUUGAAACUCGAUAUCUUAAAAGAAUGCGCUUUUGCGAAUUUUUUGGUCGCUACUUUUGUUGUGUUUGUCAUUCGAAUACACUUAUGACUCUUCCUGGUAAUUUAGUGACCUGUUGGGAUUUUCGUAUGUUAUCAGUCAGUAAUUUUGCACGUGAUCGACUUCGUCAGUUGCAUAAUCAACCUUUAUUAAGAACAAUCGAUUUUAACAAACAAGUCUUAAACCGUCAGUCUAAUCUUGUGAAUUGUUUGACUUUACGUAAACAAGGGAAUUUGAUGCUACCAUUUAUUCAACAGUGUCAAACAGCUCAGCAAUUAGUGGACUUUACUUCUAUACCAAGUCAUUGGUUCGAAACACCAGAUUUAUGGAGUAUGGCUGAUUUACACUCUGUACAUGAUGGAAAAUUAUCAAUAACUUUACGUGCACUACUCUUACCAUUAGUAGAGCAUAUAUCAAUAUGUAAACGAUGUUUAGCUUGUGGCUUUAUUUGUGAAAUAUGUAAAUCUGGUCACAUUCUUUUUCCAUUCGGUCAAGUAAAUACCACAAUAUGUUCCGGUUGUUCAGCUUGUUUUCAUCGUGCAUGUUUACAUUCCCCGAAUCCGGAAACAUGUCCAAGGUGUAUUAGACGUGCAUUUAAACGGGAACAAUUAAUUUGAAAAGACGUUAUUAGUUUUAUUGGUUUACUUUUUGCUGAUGCUUGUAUCGUCACAAUUACUACCCUCUUGUCCCCCCACCACACAUGUACAUCACUAACAACCUCAUUAUUUCACUUCAUUUUAUAAUCUCAAUAUCAAAAUAGAUUAAUAAUCAAUCCCUGCGUUUAUCUUGUUGAUUGCAGCUACUUAUUUCUCAUUACUGUAAAUUUGACAUGAAACUUGCCAUAAAAAUCAGUAUUUUAUUUUCUACGACAUACUAUUCAUUUGAACGAAAACUGUUUUAUUCUAUAGCUAAUAUUUUUAGUUAUCGAAUUUCUGUUAGUCUUUCUCUUUAUUUUCUCUGCUCAGAAGUUUAUUAUUAUUAUUAUUAUUAUUA